CACUACUAGCUUUGGUAACAUUUGUAUCCAUAGAUAUACCUUUUUGUCAGGAGAAAAAAAAAAUCUAUACAAAAACUACUUCGGUGUUCUAAUCCUUUCUGUUCAAUAUGUCUAUUGAAAAAUAUGGAGAACACUCGAGUGGUUUCACCUAUGAUGUUUUCCUAAGUUUUAGAGGAGAAGAUGUGCGGCACAAUUUUAUUGGUUAUCUUCGCGAUGCAUUGCAGCAUCGGGGAAUCAAUGCUUUCUUUGAUGACAAGAAUCUGAGAAUAGGGGAAGACAUUUCACCUGCACUUUCAAAAGCCAUUGAAGAAUCUAAGAUCGCAGUUAUUGUUUUUUCUGAGAAUUAUGCAUCUUCCAGGUGGUGCCUUGGCGAACUCGUUAAGAUAAUCGAAUGUACGAAAAGAAACAAAAAACAAAUUUCUUUUCCAAUCUUUUUCCAUGUUGAUCCAUCAGAUGUAAGACAUCAGAAAAAUAGUUACGAGAAAGCCAUGGUUGAUCAUGAGGUUAAGUUUGGAAAAGACUCUGAAAAUGUAAAAGCAUGGAUAACAGCAUUGUCUGAAGCAGCAGACUUGAAAGGCCACCAUAUCAAUACCGGAUCCGAAAUUGACCACAUUAAAGAGAUUGUUGAAAAGGUCCAUGCUAACAUUGCUCCUAAACCUUUGCUUUAUGGUGAUGAUCCAGUUGGACUUGAACAUCAUACAGAAAAUGUGAUGUCACGUCUAGACAAUACUGAUCAUACAGUAAUGUUGGGUAUACAUGGACUUGGUGGAAUAGGGAAAACAGAACUUGCCAAAUCAUUGUAUAACAAAAUUGUGCACCAAUUUGAAGCUGCAAGUUUUCUUGCCAACGUUAGAGAGAAAUCAAACAAAAUCAAUGGCCUAGAAGAUCUUCAAAAGACACUUUUAUCAGAGAUGUUUGAGAAGCCAGAUACCGAUCUGGGAAGUACAAGUAAAGGAAUCAAAGAAAUAAAGCAAAAGCUGGGCAAUAAAAAGGUUCUUUUGGUUCUUGAUGACGUUGAUAACAAAGAACAAUUAAAAAAUUUGGCAGGAGGAAGUGAUUGGUUUGGCCCAGGUAGUAGGAUCAUUAUAACUACAAGGGACAAAGGUUUGCUCAUAGGUACUCAUUCUUUUGUUGUUCAAAAGAUUUAUGAAAUGACUGAACUUAAUGAGAAAGAUUCUCUUGAGUUGUUUUGUCGGAAUGCCUUUGGAAAGAGCCAUCCUGAAACAGGCUAUGAAGCUGUGUCUUCUCGUGCGGUUGGAUAUGCCAAGGGUCUUCCAUUGGCUUUAAAAGUAAUAGGUUCUAAUUUGGGUGGUGGAAAGAGUUUAAGAGCUUGGGAAGAUGCAUUGAAAAAUUACGACAGGAUUCCACGUAGAGGAAUUCAAGAGGUGCUCCAAGUAAGCUACAAUGUGUUGGAGCCCAAUGCCCAGAGUGUUUUCCUAGAUAUAGCAUGCUUCUUCAAAGGGGAUAGAGUAGAUUAUGUUGAAGAGAUACUUGAUGACUUCGCUGCAGUAACUGGUAUUGAAGAACUUGUUAAUAAAUCUCUCUUAAUAGUUAAAGAUGGCUGCUUGGAUAUGCAUGAUCUAAUACAAGAGAUGGGCAGAGAUAUUGUCAAGCAAGAGUCGCCACGAAAUCCCGCCAAACGUAGUAGAUUAUGGUCUCAUAAAGAUAUUAUUAAAGUAUUAUCAAAUGAAAAAUAUGGAAGUGAUGUACUUCAAGGGAUAAUGCUUGAUCCUCCCCAACCUAUAAAACAACAAGAUUGGAGUGAUACUGCCUUUGAGCAGAUGAAUUGCCUCAGAAUUCUCAUUGUUCGAAAUACAACAUUUUCAUCGGAGCCUAAACAUCUACCAGAUAAUUUAACUCUGCUUGAUUGGGAGGAGUACCCUUCAAAGUCAUUUCCCGCAAUGUUUCAUCCAGAGGAAAUCAUCGUCUUCAAUUUGCCUGAAAGCAAACUUACACUGGAAGAGCCAUUUAAGGUAUUUUCAAAAUUGACUAUCAUGAAUUUCUCAAAAAAUGAAUCUAUCACCGUAAUUCCCGAUGUUUCAGGAGUCGAAAAUUUGAGAGUACUUAGACUUGAUAAUUGCACUAACCUAAUUAUGGUUCAUGAAUCCGUUGGGUUUCUCGAACACCUUACUCACUUCAGCGCUUCAGGAUGCGCCAAACUUCGAAAUUUCCAGCAAAAAAUGUUUUUACCAUCCCUUGAAUUCCUUGACCUUAACUUAUGUGUUGAACUUGAACACUUCCCAGAUAUACUGAACAAGAUGAAUAAGCCAUUGAAGAUUUAUAUGAUAAAUACUGCAAUUGAGGAGUUGCCAGAUUCCAUUGGUAAUCUUAUCGGGCUUGUUUCUAUCGAGAUGACAAGUAGUUGGAAGCUCAAAUAUAUACCAUGUAGCUUAUUCACACUACCAAAUGCUGUCACCUUUAAAUUUGGAGGAUGUUCUCAACUUGCCUUGAGAAGAUUUCUACAUGAUAUCCCUUCAGCAGCCAAUGGUCGUUCAACAUUAAAAGCAUUGCAUUUUGGAAAUAGUGGUUUGUCUGAUGAAGAUCUUAAGGCAAUUCUUAUCUCUUUUCUUGAAUUACAAGAGUUGAUUGCAUCUGACAAUAAUUUUGUCUCUCUCCCUGUGUGCAUUAAAGACUCUGCUCACUUGACAAAGCUUGAUGUCAGUGGUUGCAAUAUGCUUCGAGAAAUUCCUGUAUGCAUCAACUUAAGAAUUCUGAAUGUUUACGGUUGUGUGAUGCUUGAACACAUAUCAGAGUUGCCAUGCACUAUUCAAAAAGUAGAUGCAAGAUACUGCAUCCGCUUGAAUAGAGAGACGUCGGAGAUGUUAUGGUAUCAGGUGAAAAGCGAGAGACGUGGAUUACAGAUUGUGAUGCCUCAAAAGAAAACUGGGGUUCCAAAUUGGUUUGACUACAGCUGCAAAGGAGGGAAUCCGCGGUUUUGGGUUCGUAAGAAGUUCCCCAAUGUUGCUUUAGCAUUGGUAUUCGAGGGAGUGACCGGGAGGGCCAGAAAAUCUCGUCGGCUACUUGUUGAGCUUCACUUGGUUAUAAAUGGUCUCUGUGUCCGCCGUAAAGGUUAUUACAACUUCAGAAUUGAACAAAAUCAUGUGUUAGUUUGUGAUUUGCAACUAUUGUUCAGUGAUGAGGAGUGGCUGGGCCUUGAUGCAUUACUUCUUGAGGAUGAGUGGAAUCAAGUGCAGGUUUCAUAUGAAGCCCCGUCUAGUGUGACACUAAGUGAUUGGGGAGUAUUUGUGUACAAGCAAGGAACCAACAUGGAAGAAUAUGUCCAAUUCAUGUGUCCCGACCUAAAGUACUCACAGCUGGUAACUGACAUAUCACCCACAAUGACAAUAGUUCCUCCAAAAGAUGAUAAGCUAGAACAGAUGAAGUUGAUAGAUCAGUUAGCUCUAGAUGAAAUGUUACCUGGGAUGUUGAGGGAAACUAGGGACAUGGAAGGCCGCAGUUCAAAUGAAGGAAAUUUACAAGACCUAAUGGCGAUUGUGAGUGGCCUAAAUAAGGAGGUUCAAGAUGCAUUAGAAGGUAAACCGCUGGAUAAAAAGUCCCCCCUGGCAUGGAUUCUUCAGAUAGUCAAUGAAUCAAAUGAUGAUAAUGAUGAGCAAGCAAACUUUGAUCAUACAGAUGAAAUGAAACCCGCCAUAGGUGUAGGAGAAGCUUCAACCUCUGGCCACCAGGGAAGGUCAGAGGCCCAAGACAGCAACGCUGAGCAGGAUGGAAUAAUGACAGGGAUAUUCUUGAAUGGAAUGGGAACGGGACUUCGUGAAGCACAGGGUAUCUUUCCUCCUCUAGAUAUAGACACUAUCAUGAUUGCUGCCUUAAAUAGAGGUGAAUGGAUUAGAUUGUCACUCCCAGAGUCUGAGGCCGAAAUGACGAUAUACAUGGAAGGAAUUAUCAAUGGACUGCUGGAAGCAAAGCUGAGCUUUCCUACUCUGAAAGAGUGGGAAAUACUAAAUACCGUGUUAAGGAAGGAAGGCCAUAAUACGAUGUUUCAACAAAUAGAUUGGACUGGAAUAGUGAUUCCAAGCUAUGAAGAUCCUUUGUUGCAAACAUUCAUGAUGAUGAAGCAAGGAAGUUGUGAAUCGGAGAGGGCCAAGAGUAAACUCUUCUGCAAGUUGCUGGAGGAACAAAAUGCUCUGCGCAAGAAAUUUGAAGAAAUUGAUAAUGAAAUUGCUACUAUGGAUAAUUCAAAGAAGGGUCACAUCCUUAAUGAGAAGCUGGCUGAUGUUUUGAAAGGAAGAGCUGAAGAAUUGCAGAGGUUCUAUGAUGCUGGUAUUGAAGGCUUCAAGAACUCAAAAGAGAUUCAAGAUCUUAUGACAGCUACAUACUCAAAUGGAAUGAGGAAUGGUGUCCUUGAAGCACGGGCCAUAUUACUUGCUCUGGACAUGGACAUAAUAACUCACGUGUUUGAGGGGAAUGAAAAUGAAAUUUCUGCUCAGGAUAAAGAUAGUCGCCUUCUUCCUUCUUCAGAAAAUCAAUAUUACAAUUUUGUGGAGAAGCUUAACACUCAAUUUGCCUGGUAUAGUUCAAAUAAGGAUCAGAGCCCUGAUGACUGCCACACAAAGGAAUCAAGCAUUUCUGACUCAAAAUCUUCUUUGGGUAGCACAAAGAUUUGUGCAAACAUUGGAAAAGAAAGUUGCAAAGAUGUUAUAAAGCAUAAGAAGCUGGCUGCUGUCUUAAAAGAAAGAGGAGAAGAAUUGACGAGUCUCUAUGAUGCUGAAAUUGAACAAUUACAGAACUCAGAAGAGAUUCAAGAUCUAAUGAGUGCCAUCUACUUGAGUGGACUGAAGGAUGGAGUCCUUGAAGCACAGGCCACCUUACUUUCUUUGAACAUGGACAAACCAACUCCUAUGUUUGAGGAGAAUGAGGAACAUAUUACUCAUAUGGCUUCCAAUGAUGAAGCUGUUAUUGAAAAUGACGAUGAUAAGACUAUUGGCAAAGAGGAUAAUCCUAGUCCUACUGGUCCAGAAGUUGACAAAACUAGGGACACUCCUUACCCCUAUGGUUGCUUCUGGAGGAUUUUGCACACUUAUUUUUGCAAGUGUUUUUCUUAGUUGUAUGAGUAAAAAAAAAUGAAUAAUUGAUGCACCUAGAUUGCACAAGCCAUGUUUUCUACUUUCAUUAUUAGUGUCUGUUGAUAGUAAUAGACAAUGAACAAGCCAUGUAAUUGCAGCUUGUGGGAAGCAAUAAGCAUUUAUUUUUGUUUAAGUGGUAACAUAGUUCUUCAAGUUACAGUUCUAAGCAUUGUAUGAAAAUGCAUUAUCAUCCA